AUGGUCCUCCUCCUAGAAAACAUCAAUUGGGGCUGGGAUCAGCAAGUCUUGGUAUCAUCCCGGUUUGCAUGCGAUGGCGACGAGCGACAGGACUGCGGUGCUACGAGCAGUCGUAUGUCGACAGUCCACUUGAACAAACCAGCUCCAGCUCCAGCGGCAGCUGACGUAUGCACAGCAUCGACUAAGCUUUCGUGCAACACUCGAUCAGGGCAGCAAAGUUCGCACGCUGGGCGCGUCAGACGCGUUCAAACGCACUCAAGAUGGCCGGCGAAGAACCAACUUAAAGUGUUGGUUUCAGGCACGGGUGCAUUUGUCGGUGCCAAGAGAUUGAGGCAAACGAUGAGUGUUGCCCAGAAAGGCUGUUCAUUACCACCGACAAAAAAACUACUGUAUGAUUAA